AAAAACCCUAAAGAAAAAGACCCCCAUGCUCCAGCCGCGCACCACAUGGCCUCCAUCUCGAUCCCCAGAUCGGUGCCAUCGCGAACCCUAGGUCGCCUCCAUCCCACAGGCCUUCGCCGCCGUCCCUCCACCGCGAACGCCAUCCCGGAUGCAUUCGCCGCCACCCCGGAUCUUCUCGCCCCCCAUCCCAUCUCCCGUAUCUUGUUGGUCAUUGCCUCUCAGCGACGGCUAUCCCUAGCGGCAGUUGCACGAGAGAUGGAUCUUCAUCCUCUCGAACACAACCACAGAGGCGAGACGGCCGCCGCCAUCCUCCUUCGCGCUGGCCAUCGUCGUCGUCGUCUCCGUCGCGAAUCUUCUUGGUGGCGGCAAGGAAAUCACUCGCGCGCCGCCGUCGCCGCCGUCGCCGUCCUUCUCCCACUCUUCUUCGAUCGCCAUUCCCCACAGGCGAGCGCGGACGCAGAAGGCCGGGAGCGCCAAGGCGAAGGCGACGCCCAAGCGGGCCAAGAAAGAGUCGAGCAGGAGCAACAAGGAGUCUGACGCCUCCACCAAUGGCGCCGCCGCAUCUGGGAAGAGGAGCUCCAUCUACAGGGGGGUCACAAGGUGGACAUGCAGAUUUGAGGCAUACCUCUGGGACAAGAAGAAAGGGAGGCAAGUCUAUCUGGGGGCUUAUGAGAAAGAGGAGGCAGCUACUCGUGCGUAUGACCUUGCAGCUCUCAAAUAUUGGGGGCCUGAAACCACACUGAAUUUCACGAUACGUUUUGCUGCUCUUGGAAAUAGAAAAAAAGAAAGAAAUCAUCAUUGAUACGAAUGUGUACAUGUACAUCCAGGUUGCUGCAUCAGUUCCUGUUUGGUACAAGCAAGAGCCGGUGUGUGUCUUGGCAAGCACCACCAUUGUCCAUUGACUCGAGAGUUGUGGAGGUGACCGCAGAGCAAAAGCGAUGAGUCACUGAGUAGUAGUAACGCCUUGACAGUCCAUGUCGCGCUUGCGUUUUAGUGUACAACUUAGAUGAACAAAGCACAUAAAAAUACAUACUCUACUGUGCUGGUUGUGUAACAACUGUUUGUUCCUGCAAAAAUAACGUUCCUCAUGCAUUCGUUCAUGAACCCACGUGGAUGAGUACGCCAAGGAGAGGUCGGAGAUGGAGUCGGUGUUGCGGGAGGAGUACCUCGCCACGCUCCGCCGCUGGAGCAGCGGCUUCCCCAGGGGGUCUCCAAGUACAGGGGCGUCGCCAGGUUGCCGAUGCCGGUGUGCGAGGUCGACCAACCGUGCGACGGGCGGAGCGCCCAGUCCGUAGGCUCAUCCCCUUCUCUGUCCUCUCCGGAGGCGGCCAUUGUUGUAUGGUGCACUCGUUGCCAGGAACUGCACUCACCAAUGGACUAGCUACAAGUGUUCGAGGUAACUGGCGAUUCGCUGCCAACGAUGUCACCUGCAUCUACUGUGGGGCUGCGCUCGCCCUUGUCCUCGCCAGCAUUGUGGCUAGAGGCCACAUAGACCCAACCUCUGCAUCCAGAGCACCGAGUCCUUCCUGUUCCUAUACCGUUUCGUAGCCGAGGAGAUCCAACUGGUGUAACCACGCCUCAAUUGUUCUUGUCGUGCCUCAAGGAACUUGCCAGCAACGGUAUCAGGUGAUGAGGCAACCGCCAACUUAGGCCUGCUGAAGAACGGCGCCUUUGCGGGAGGGGGAAGGAGUCGCGGAAGCUCCUGUGCCGGCGGGAGCGACGGUUCCACAACGAGUUGGUAAUUCGUCGCCUUUGAGUUGGAGGAUGUCCAAGGCCGGGAUCGUUCAUCAGCACUGAGUUGCAGUGCAGUCUCACACAAAAGAAGAGAGAAGAUAACUUGAUGUCAACGAAUUAUGAAUGGUUGAGAUAAUAUUGAUGCUCAAUCCAGAUCUGGAUGUCUCAUCUCUGAACAUUUAAAAUACUGAGUAGUCCAUGGAAGCUUGCCUAGCCGCUUUCGCGCAACAUUAUAUCUUUGGAUGUUUGCACUUUUCUGGCUCUAGACGUGAGAUUUCUUAUAUGCUGUCAUGUGUGCAAGAAAUGCGUGUGGGAGGUUUCGUCUUCACUUAAGUGUGUCUAUGGACAUUUAUACUUCUAUUACAUCUGCAAACUAUAAAUAUGGAAUAUGAUUUUUUAUAUGGAAUAUCUUAGGCCCCUAGCGGUAUUAGUUGCUGGCCCCUAUGUUUGCCAACAGAGUUAGUUGAUGAUUCCAAUGCGGAGAGCAUUCGCAUGUUGUAUAUUAUUUAUUUCUAAUCAAUAAACGGUAACUCCUAGAUUAAUAAUUCUUUAUAAUAGUAUCUACAGUAUAUAUCUAAUAAUUCUUUCUUUGAAUAUUAAUUCAAGUAAUGUCUUUUGGCGUUUUAAGUUUUACGAGCUUGCCGAUUGCUUAAAAUCAUUCUACGAGUGUAUUAUUAUUUUUAAACAAACUGAAACCUUGUAGCGCUGUAAAAACAUAUUCUAAUUCCCUAACUUUGUAGAAAUCAUUCAUGUUCAUAACUCAUUUUUUGUCUGAGCGGAAUAAGAGUAAGGGUUGAGCGUAAGCGAGAUGUGGAUUGGCGUUGGUUUGUUUAGUUACUGUUGUGUGAGCAGAAUAAUUUCUUACUUUAGAAAAUGUGACAAAUUACAUUUCAUUAGAGAUCACUUUGCAGCAAAUUGUAUGAGCGGGUUGUUCAUAUAUUUUGCCAUCAAGUCAUAUUUUUUUGUUUUAUGUUAAUGCAUGACAUCGAAUCUGACUUCUUGACUCGGGGGUGUCACACGGGCGGCGCAUGCCUCGCUGCCUUGAUGGAGGUGUUCAAUCGACACGAACACGCGGAGAGAGGGGGUUUAUGGUGGAGAGCGGGUUCGUUGGCAAAAGACUCCUCCUUGCGGAACCGUGGGGAAGCACGGUGUGAAGGAGAGAGAACACCGUGGCAAAGGUAAGGUGGGCAUCAUCCGAUUUUAAUGGAAGAAAUGUCCCGCUACGAUGGAAAACGGAGCGGGAAUGGAAGGAUCCGACAAGAAAUGGGAAAGAGUGUGUCAUGGGGUGGAGUUUUUAUGUUGGGACCACAUGUUCGAAUAACAUGGCAGGUAGUUCAGCCGAGAUUUGGAUUUUGAGGAGCCCGCUUGGCGCCUGAUUGAUGCCCAAACACGCUAGGAUGGACGUACGAGGAAAAAAUUAAGUUUGAACUUGGAGACGACAUUAAUCAUUUGCUUGAUUCAUUUAUAUAUAUCGAAGCCCGUGCAUUGCACGGGCGUUCUACUAGCCUUGUGAAAGGUGCACAUGGGGUCCUUUGUACCUUUUUUCCUUAAUUGCUAACCAUCUCCAAUUUUAUGCCAGCUCUACUUAUUCCAGUCUCAUAGUUGGAGGUAUCAAAUUACUGCUUUCUAUGUAUAGAUAAUACAUCAAUUUAUAUCUACACGUGUGCUUCGGUACACCCACCAACAAAACAUAGAAGGGAAAAUGUAUACCCACCUCCUUGUAUUUUAUACCACGGGCCUUCGUACGUAUAUACAGUAUGGGGUCCCGUAUUGUACACGUACGGUGGCCUGUAGUGUACAAUACGAGGUGGGUAUACAUAUCCUCUUCUACUUUUUGUUAGGGGGUACCGAAGCACACCUCUUAUAUCUAUCACCUUAAACAAAAUGUACAUUGCUGAUACAAAUAAUUUUUAUUUUCUUUACAACAUGUAAUGAAAUCUACUCUACAAAUAACACGAUUAAAGUAUAGGAUGCACUCAGGGGUGCGCGGCCGCCCAUUGCGGGCAAGGCGUGCUGCAGUCCAGCAAGCCACAAGAACAACUUGACUCUUAUAUGGGCCCAGUUUUUCCAAGUGCAUUGUAAGUCUGGUGCUCUCAUAACGUGUAGACGUUGCUCUCAUAACGUGUAGACGCCGCUAUCUGUCCAACACUAAUGGAUGAUGUCGGAUCGCGGUCCAAGCAAGACAUCGUGGAGGCGUCACCAUAUGUUGGCGUACUCGACCAUUGUUGCAUGUCCAACUGCUACUCGACCAUUGUUGCCUGUCCAAGGGCGUCACGAAUUUCUUAGAUCCAAGGUUGUCGAGGGAUGGCAUCGCAGGCAAGCCGGUGAUUCCUUCUACAACAAUGUACAAAAGCAGCCAAGGUGGGUGCAAGCUGAGUGACUGGAGCUCCAUCAAGCCAAGGGUUGGUCCAGAAUUUGCAGCUCUUGCUAUUGCUCAAGGUCCAUGAAGUGGAUGCACAAAAGAUUUCUCUAACCACGGUCUCGCAUGGUAGACGCAGGUGGCUCCAUGGUCGUUGCAGGAACAAUGCAAACGGCAACAGAAGGAGGUGGAAGAGCACGAGUCGAGAUUGGAUGGUAGUCUUGUUGGUCUCGGCUACCUCCCCAAUAUAGCGAUGUAUUUUUUCCACGUGCAAGUGGAGAAGUUUGACAUAAGAUUUUUCUCUUGAGGAUGUAUGAAAUUUAACUGGAUUGUUCAUUGAUUAUAAAAGGAUGAGCGGAUUUUCUACAAAA